AUUGGUGUUGACUACACAAGCCAUGGGAAACUCCAACAACAAGCAAACAUUGUCCACAAUUACAGGAAAUCAUGAAGCUGAGAUGUGCUAUGAAGGAGAAGCUGAUUUAAAAAAUUAUGUUACUGGCUGUAAGAAGAAUCCAGGUCACAAAGGUUUUAUACCUCUUAAAGAUUUCAACAGAAAUUGUCUCCCCUCACGUUACCAUGACGACGAUCUAAUGUGUGAGACAAUCAAAACAAUGGCAGCCCUAACUGUCCAGGUAAAGACUAAAUUUACCAGUCUAGAGAGACCAGAGUUUUACCCCGGUACUCAAGUUCCAUAUCCAUGUUAUAAUGACAGAGAAAAUCACGUGAUGAGGCUAGGGACGGGAAGGGUGUAUGGCGUGGACAAGUACACAGAGAGUGACAGAAAAACUUGUCGUUGUGCCAAGUGUCAAGUCUCUGCCACACCCAGCAAAGUGUGGGGGGAGGUUUGUGUGUCGACAGCCAGACACGUGGUGUUUGAUGAUAGUGAGGCGAGACAGACCAGUUGUGUUUUAGGUUUUGAUGACAAUAAAAGUCCGGUGGUCAGUCUUGAUGACUGGGAGGUGGUUUGGGCAGACAUUGGGAGAGACAGGUGUGAGUUGAGAUAUGUGACUUGUGACUUGGAGUUGGUUGAUAAACUUGACAAGAUGUAUCAGCGCUUUAAUUGUCUAUGUAGGGAAGUUAGAGACAAAUACGAUAGAUUUGUUAAUCUGGACAAGUUAACCGUUAUAGUGUCGCAUCCUCAUGGCUGUCCUAAACAGGUCUCUGUAGGAAAAUGGACACGUAAACAUAAGAGAGAUGGUUACACCAGGUACUGGUACACAUCAUGUACAUGUCCAGGUUCCAGUGGAGCGUGUGUCUAUAGACCGGGAUAUGUCGGGUUUUGGUAUCUCCAUCCCCACAGUGGAUCAAACUCUGAAGGAAAUUAUAGUGGAGAGUAUUUUGGCUGAUGUGAUUGUUAGUUUUCUCCCCUUGCUACACAAUGUAACCAAGAAAAUCGCGUCGUUCAGAUGUUUGUUUUGAAGACUUGCCUUACUUGUAAAAAUGAUAUUACCUUAAAAGAUUUAUAAAAAUGUUUUUAUUGUUUUGAAACGUUUCACGGUUAUUACUUGCACUUCCAUAAUGUAUUUUACGCACUUUGCAUUUAUAAUGUUAUAAAUAUUUUGCCUGUAUGAAAUUU